AUGAUUAAAUUAAUACAUUUGUUUGCCGCUACACUACCGGCUCUCAUACCGUUCACCACAUUUUGGUUGGUCAGACAGGCCGACCAUACUGUCAACUUUGGCCGAAACUCAUGGGAUCAGGAGUACGACUACAUUGUAGUGGGCGGUGGUUCAGCUGGUUGUGUGUUAGCUAAUCGGUUGUCUGAAGAUCCCAAUGUAAAGGUGCUAUUGUUAGAGGCCGGCAGCUCCGAGAAUAUGGUCACCGAUUUUCCCAUAGCGGUACUCAAUCUGCAGAACACACCCAUUGAUUGGGGCUAUAGGACAGAGCCUCAGGAGGCCUCGUGUUUCGGUCUCAAAAACAGACGGUGCCCAUGGCCCAGGGGUAAGGUUCUGGGGGGCUGUUCGGUACUCAACUAUAUGAUGUAUAUAAGAGGUAAUCCCUUAGACUAUGACUAUUGGGCCAGAGAUGGUUGUGAUGGUUGGUCGUGGUCAGAGGUUUUCCCUUAUUUUCUCAAAUCGGAGGACAAUCGUGACCCGAAUUUUGCAUAUAAUGGUUAUCACGGACGAGGAGGUCCACUAACUGUUCAAACAAGUAAAACAAUUAGUCCGGUAGCCCAUGCAUUUGUCGAGUCCGGCAAAUAUCUGGGCUAUCCAAACAUAGACCUGAACGGUGCCCGACAGUCAGGUUUUGCCAUACCUCAGGCCACUAUACGUCGGGGCGCCCGAUGCUCGACGGCCAAAGCUUUUCUAUACGACAUCAAAGGGCGACCCAAUCUACAUGUACUUACUUUUGCUUAUGUAACAAAAAUACUAUUCAAUCGGCACAAGGAGGCAGUGGCCGUACAGUUUGACCGAUUCUCACUGUCCCAUGUGGUCCACGCACGCCGUGAGAUCGUCAUCAGCGGCGGUAGUGUUAAUACACCGCAACUAUUGAUGCUUUCAGGUAUUGGACCUAAAGAUCAUUUGAAAAAAUUGGGAAUUCCAGUCAUAGCUAACCUACCGGUGGGUCAUAAUCUCUAUGACCACAUCUAUCCGGGAGGCCUACACUUUGUCAUCGAUGAACAACAUUCGCUUAAAGAUCACGAUUUUAAGGAUCUAUCAUAUAUGCAGCGAAAAAUCCAAAAGCCUAUCAAUUUUGUACGUUAUUUUGCCGACGGUUCGGGACCAUUGGCCAGCACAGGUGGUCUGGAAGGUCUGGGCUUUAUAUCCACCAAAUAUGCCAACAAAAGUCUCGAUUAUCCCGACUUCGAGAUUCAUUUAGUCUGUGCCUGUCUGUCCUCAGACGACGGCCGUAUAUUUCGCCAUAACGUUGCCAUAACCGAUGAAAUCUGGGAAAAAGUAUACUUUCCUUAUGUCAAUCGCGACUGUUUCUCACUAUUCCCAGUCCUAUUGAGGCCAAAGAGCUACGGCUACAUAAAGCUUCGUACGGCCAAUCCGUACGAUCCACCAGUUAUUGAGCCCCGAUAUCUGACACAUCCGCACGAUAUCAAGUCUAUGGUCGAGGCUAUGAAGAUCACCAUUAAGGUGGGUCAGGCGCCCCCACUGAGAAAACUGGGCGCCAAACUCAUCGAUAAAGUGGUUCCCGGUUGUGAGGGAUACAAACUAUACAGUGAUAAAUAUUUGGCAUGUUUGGCGCGUACACUAACCCACACAAUCUAUCAUCCAAUUGGUACGUGCAAAAUGGGUGCCAUCGGUGACCCGACUGCAGUGGUCGACCCGCAACUACGUGUGAUGGGUGGCGUCAAAAGGUUACGGGUGGCCGACGCGUCGAUAAUACCGCGACUCAUCACCGGUAACACCAAUGCGCCCAUCAUUAUGAUUGCCGAAAAGUUAGCCGAUAUGCUGAAAGGUAUGCUGAUGAUGAUAAUGUUUUUCAAGUGGAAAGAUAGCAUACUUUUUCUGACAAAUAUAGGAGUUUAA